UUAAGGCAGAAGCAACCAACGGAGAGAGAGGCCGGUUGGGAUAUCCAAUUCCAUCGUUCAUGAUGAUGGGGAACGUCGGUGAUGGCUGGAAUCGGGGGAUAACGUAUUGGCUGGCGGAACAGCCGGCCAUCGUGGGGUUCCGGUGGAGCCACGUUUACGCCUGGGGCGCCACCUGGUCCUUCCUCGUCUCCUCCCUCGCCGCAUACGCCGCCCUAGCCCUCGCCCUCGACCUCUUCCUCCGCCUCUUCCGCCGGAGUCGGCCAAUCCCCUUGGGGCCCCUUCCCGCCCUCCACUCCCUCGCCAUGGCCCUGGCCUCCGCUGCCAUCUUCCUCGGCCUCCUCAUCUCCGCCGCCGCCGAGAUCCGCGACGCCCGCUGGUGGUGGCGCGGCCGCUUCCGCACCACCGCGUUCGAAUGGCUCCUCUGCUUCCCCCUCGGCACCCGUCCCUCCGGUCGCGUCUUCUUCUGGUCCUACGCCUUCUACCUCUCCCGCUUCCUCCACCUCCUCCGCACCUUCCUCUUGAUCCUCCGCCGCCGCCGCGGCGCCCUGCCCAGCGUCUUCCGCCACUCCGCCCUCGUCUGCAUGUCCUUCCUCUGGCUCGAGUUCUCCCAGUCUUUCCAGGUCGUCGCCAUCCUCUCCGCCACCCUCGUCCACGCCGUCGUCUUCAGCUACCGCUUUUGGGUCGGUGUCGGCCUCCCCGCGGCCGCCCGGAGCGGGGCGAUCCUCGUGCUCGCCUGCCAGGUGGCGCUGACCGGCUGCAACGCGGUGUGCCACCUGGGGUUCCUCCUGCUCCACUUCGCCAAGGGCGGGUGCAACGGCAUCGGCGCCUGGGUCGUCAACUCGGUUCUCAACGCCGCGCUGCUGCUCCUCUUCGUCGACUGCUACGUCAAGACGGUGGUCAGGAGAAAGAAAGGCGAAAGCUUGGAGGAUGACAACGGCAGCAACCACCAUUUCGGUGGCCAUCAUCAUCACUAUCAGAACAAAGCUGAAUUCUUUGAGACGAAGAAGGAGCAAUGAAUCAUUUAGCGAUCUAAUGAAGAAAAAAGAAGGGGGAGGACUUGAUUCAGCCUCAUAAACAAAAGAAUUUGCCCCUGCAAAUACUACAACUAUAGAAGCAUCUCACUCUUCGAGUGUUUUUGGUCAGCUAAGCUAUUAGUGUCUUCCCAGAUGGAUCCAAACUUGGGGCUCUUUUUGCUGUACUUGUAAGCAACUUGUUCUGCAACCUUGAGUACCAUAGUCGGUGCCAUGCCUCUUCUUCCACUCCUCUGCUUCGUCUGGAAGAAAAGAUGAGACUCCAGAAUGUAAACAAUUUUGCAGAGAGAGAGAUAGAGAGAGAGAGAGAGAGCAACAAAAAUCUUCCGUUGCAUGUAAUAACUCUCAUGUUUUUUUUGCUUUAAUGCACCCACAUACCCACACAUCUAUCUACAAGAACAACCUUUUUGGUUCA